GCCAUCUUAUCUGCUGGCGUCGCCAUAGCCGGGGCGCUCCUGUCAGCUCUGGGAGUGUGGGCAUCUCAGACUCGGCGGCCGACCUGCUGCCGAACCCGAGAGCCCCAGACGCAGAAAUGAGUACCUGAGAAAAGUAGCUGAAGGUUGUGUGAUGGAUGGUUAGUCUUCUUGUCGGGUUGCUUUGGAGUCACCUAGGAGACAUACCUCUGGGUAUCUGUGAGGGGUUUUACCGUACCCACCACAAAUGACUCUGUGACCUUUGAAGACGUGACUGUGAACUUCACCUCAGAGGAAUGGGCUUUGUUAGAUCCUUCCCAAAAGAAGCUGCACAGAGAUGUGAUGGAGGAAACCUUCAGGAACCUGGCUGCCAUAGGUGUAGGAAAAGCACAAGAAGUUGAGCACAUAGAAGAUGACCACAAAUAUUCUAGGAAACUCCUAAGAAAUGAAGUCGUGGAGAGACUGUGGGAACAUAACAAAGGUAGUCAAUGUGAGGACAUCAGACAGAUUCCAAAUACUGUUGUAAACGAGGAGAUUUCUUGUGGAGUAAUGCUGUGUGAAAACCAUGUGUAUGAAGACAUGCCCAUUGGUCAUUCAUCUCUUAACUUAUCCACGCCUAUUCAGACUGCACACAAACCUUAUGACUAUGAGAUAUGUGGAGAGAGUCUCUAUAAAUCUGGCGAAUUUGAGAAAGCCUGCAUUGAUCCAGGAUACUUUCUGAAGCGUAAAGACACUGAGACCAAACAGAAACUCUAUGAAUUUAACCAAUGUGAGAAAUUCUUCCAGAGUAACAGUUACAUUAAAAUACAUAUGAACAACGAAACUAGAGACGAGAUGUAUAUGGAUAAGCAGCAUUUUAAUGCCUUUACUUAUCGCAAUUUUCUUCACUAUAUUGAAAAGAUUCAGACUGGAGAAAAGCCCUACGUAUGUAAGCAAUGUGGGAAAGCCUUUUCUUUUUUGAGUAACAUUCGAAGACAUGAACGAACUCACACUGGAGAGAAACCAUACAAAUGUAACAUGUGUGAUAAAGCCUUCAUUUGUUUCACUAAUUUUCAAGAACAUGAAAGAACUCACACUGGAGAGAAACCCUAUUUAUGUUCACAAUGUGGAAAAUCCUUUUCUUUUUUGAGUAAUAUUCGAAGACAUGAACGAACUCACACUGGAGAGAAACCAUACAAAUGUAAUGUAUGUGGUAAAGCCUUCAGUUAUUUGACUAACUUUCAAGACCAUGAAAGAACUCACACUGGAGAGAAACCCUAUGUGUGUACACAGUGUGGAAAAGCCUUCACUUACUAUUAUUCCUUUCAAACACAUAAACGAUGUCAUACUGGAGAGAAACCCUAUGUGUGUAAGCAGUGCGGGAAAGCCUUCAGUUAUUACAAUUCUAUUCAAACACAUAAACGAUGUCACACUGGAGAAAAGCCCUAUGUGUGUAAGCUGUGUGAUAAAGCCUUUACUACUCUUAGUUCUCUUCGAUACCAUGAGAGGAUUCACAGUGGUGAGAAGCCGCAUGUGUGUUUACAAUGUGGGAAAGGUUUCAAUUCUUCCAGCACCCUUCGAAUACAUGAAAGAACUCACACUGGAGAGAAACCAUAUAAAUGUAAGCAGUGUGGCAAAGUUUUUAGUGUUGACAGUUCCCUUCGAUGCCAUGAAAGAGUUCACAGUGGGGAGAAACCCUAUGUAUGUAAGCAGUGUGGGAAAGCCUUCACUCGUCACACUUCCCUUCGAUGCCAUGAAAGGAUUCACUGUGGAGAGAAACCCUAUGUAUGUAAGCAAUGUGGGAAAGGGUUCAUUUCUUCCAGUAAUUUUCGGAAACAUGAAUGGACUCACUCUGGUGAGAAACUCUGUGUGUGUAAACUGUGUGGUAAAGCCUUUACUGGUCAUAGUUCCCUUCGACGCCAUGAAAGGAUUCAUAGUGGAGAGAAACCCUAUAUAUGUAAGCAUUGUGGGAAAGGCUUCUCUUCUUUGAGUGGUUGUCAAAGACAUGAACAGAUUCACACAGGUGAAAAACCCUACAUAUGUAAGAAUUGUGGAAAAGCCUUCACUAAUCCCAGUGCCCUUCGAAAUCAUGAGAGGAUUCACAGUGGUGAGAAACCCCAUGUAUGUGAGCAAUGCGGGAAGGGUUUCAUUUCUUUCAGUAAAUUUCGAAUACAUGAACGAAUUCACACUGGAGAGAAGCCAUAUAAGUGUAAGCAAUGUGGCAAAGCCUUCACUGGUCACAGUUCCCUACGACGUCAUGAAAAGAUUCACAGUGGAGAGAAACCUUUUGUAUGUAAGCAGUGUGGGAAGUCCUUUUAUACUUUAAGUGACUGUCAAAGACAUGAACAAAUUCACACUGGUGAGAAACCUUACACUUGCAAGCAAUGUGAAAAAGCCUUCACUCGGUCCAGUUCCCUUAAAAUACAUGAAAAGACUCACACUAGAAGGAAUCCCUUAGUAUAGACUAUCAAAAGGCCUCUAUUGCAGGACCUUUCUAACAAAUAUGACAAUGCAUAGGAUAGAAUCAGUGUCAUGUUGUUUGUAGAAAUGCCUGUGGCCAUCUUAAUUGAACUCACAAACAUAAGAGUAUGUACUAUAGUGAGAAACUUUAAAAAUAAGAGGUGCAAAUGUCUUCAGUUGCACACUUCUGAGCACUUGUCCAGUAACAAAGUUGUCAGUUUUAAAAAAAAUUUUUCCAAGGUUCUGAAAAUUCCUCAUGUAACAAUUCAUAAAUGGGGGGUUAAUAUUGAUGUGAAUUAGUUUAUAUAGAAUGUUCCAGAAAUUACAUUAUUUGAAGUAAAUGUUCUUAAACUUUUAAAA